AUGCCCCACCAAGGUGGAAACAUCAUCGUCCUUAUGGCUGUCAUCAAUAAUCUCACCACGAGGCAGCACUGCUGGAAACUGUGGAGAGGUGCCGGCAGCUAUGUCGAGUGUGCCCAGGCAAGGAGAAGUUGGAGGCAGCACUGCUGGAAACUAUGGAGAGGUGCCGGCAGCUAUGUCGGGUGUGCCCAGACAAUGAGAAGUUGGAGGCAACGCUGCGGGAAGCUGCGAAGAGGUGCUAGCAGCUGUAUCAGGUGUCCCAAGGGGAAGGGAAGGAAGCGUAUCCUCCGCCCCUUGUGA